UUCCCUUGGGAGUUCCGGGCGGCUCCGCUCCAUGGCUUCCGCCUGCCCCAGCCCGCUUCCGGUCUCGCCCUAGGUGGUGCUCGGGGGGGUGACGGCCAUGGCAGCCGUGCGGGGCCUCCGCGUCUCGGUGAAGGCGGCCGAGCCGGAGCCCAUGGAGGUGGAGGAGGGCGAGCUGCUGCUCCAGCCCGGGGCCGAGGCCGCGGCGGUGGCAGGAGGGGAUGCCCCCGCGCCGGUGCGGCGCUCGUUGCGGGAGUUGCAGCCUCCCCCGGACACCAGCAGGAGAUACGAAAACAAAGCCGGAAGCUUCAUCACCGGAAUAGAUGUCACCUCAAAGGAAGCAAUUGAGAAGAAGGAGCAGAGAGCAAAACGCUUCCAUUUCCGUGCAGAGGUCAAUCUGGCUCAACGGAACGUGGCUCUGGACCGAGACCUGAUGAAGAAAGCCGUUCCAAAAUUACGACUGGACACCAUCUACGUUUACGGGGUUGAUGAGAUGAGCACCCAAGACAUUUUUGCUUAUUUUAAGGAGUAUCCCCCUGCCCACAUUGAGUGGCUGGACGACACCUCAUGCAAUGUGGUCUGGCUGGAUGAAGUCACUGCCACUCGAGCGCUCAUCAACAUGAGCUCUAUGCCGGAGGACAAAUUGAAAUCCCAAGAAAGCAGCAAGAAAGAGGCCGAGGCAAACAAAAAAGAAAAACAGGAGGAAAGCUCUGAUGAGGAGGCAGAGGAGGGCGAGGUGGAGGACGACCAUCCAAGUGAUACGGAGCUGGACACGCUCUCCCAGGUGGAAGAAGACUCCCUCCUCCGGAACGACUUGCGCCCGGCGAGCAAGUUGGCCAAAGGAAACAAGCUCUUCAUGCGUUUCGCCACCCGAGACGACAAAAAGGAGCUCGGGGCUGCCAGGAGGAGCCAGUAUUACAUGAAAUACGGGAACCCCAACUACGGUGGCAUGAAAGGCAUCCUGAGCAACUCCUGGAAACGGAGGUAUCAUUCCCGCCGGCUGCAGCGUGAUGUCAUUAAGAAGAGAACCCUCAUUGGGGACGACGUUGGCUUGACGCCACCUUACAAACAUCGCCACGCUGGCCUAGUCCAUGUUCCUGAGGAGCCCAUUGAGGAAGAGGAGGAGGAGGAGGACGAUGACGACGAGGAUGACGACCAGGACAUGGACGAAGACGACCGCGUCGUGGUGGAGUACCGGGACGAGCUGCAGGCCUUCAAGCAGUCACGGGAGCGGAGCGCCUCCUGCCGGUCCAGCGCCAGCGAGUCAGACUCGGACGAAAUGGACUACGACCUGGAGCUGAAGAUGAUCUCCACCCCGUCUCCCAAGAAGAGCAUGAAGAUGACGAUGUACGCCGACGAGGUGGAGUCUCAGCUCAAGAGCAUUCGGAAUUCCAUGAGAGCGGAUAGCGUCGCAUCCAGCAAUAUCAAGAAUCGCAUUGGGAGUAAGGGGCCUUCCGAGAAAAUUGCUGAUGUGCGAUUCCUCUUGGAAGAGAAGCGUCACGGAAGUCCCGCUCAGCCACCGCUGCCGAGCAGUGUGAAAUCAGAUGUCCGGCAGAGGCUUGGCAAGAGGCCGCACUCUCCAGAAGCCCCGCAGCCUGGCGGCACCUCGGCAUCGCACCGCGAGCCCCCGAUCUCGGACGUGCAUAGCCGCCUGGGGAUCCCUAAGCAAGAGGGGAAAGGCCUCUACUCGGACACCCAAGAGAAGAAAUCCGCAAAUUUAUGGACACGUUUGGGAACUGCGUCCAAGACAUCGGAGAAGGUUCUUGAGAGAGCAGAGAAGCCAGCCGCCACAGCUGAAGAAGAGGACUCGGAGCUCCAGCGGGCCUGGGGGGCCCUCAUCAAGGAGAAGGAGCAGUCCCGGCAGAAGAAGAGCCGCCUGGACCACUUGCCCUCCCUGCAGAUUGAAAUCAGCCGCGAGAGCAGCUCCGAGUCAGAGGCGGAGUCAUGACGGUCCUCCUGCAGCGGCUGCCUUUGCAGACUCGGCCGUCGGUCUCCAAAGGGAUCUCUGGCUCAAGGGGGCCUCACUCUGCCAAAGAUCUGAUCCUGCAAAGUCUUUCUGGCACAGGAUAGCACGGCAUGGGCAACCUGGGCAGCGGGAGUGUUUCUGUGUGUCUCUUGUGUCCCCAUAGAAAGCAGUUGGGGAUUUUAUAGAAAACUUCCUAUGUUCUUUUCCACAUCCCGUUUUAUUUUAAGUGUGGAAACAAGUCUCCAGCCAUUCCUUGAAAGGUUAUGGAACUUUCCCUCGCUGCCCACAUCUUCUGCCUCCCUGAUCCUUCUCUCAGUAGCCAGCUAGGACAGUCUCUUCUGGACCGAUCCAGCUCCUCUUCCAGAGCCGCAUGGUGGGUAAAUCCAUGCAGACGUUGCCACCGAGGCCCUUCUCUGCUGUGUGUCCGUGAUUCUGGAUUAUAACCUCUCAAAACUGACUGUCCGUAGUUUGGGGGAUAUUUUCUUACCCAGUAUGGAGACUGAACAGCUGGGAGUUCCUGACAGGUGCUUUUUCUUUUUUCUUUGGUUCACUCUUGGAAUUGACUUUAAAAGUAUUUCCAUCUGUGUAACAUUUUACGAAAACAGCAGUGGAAAUACUAGUUUUAUAUAUAUAUAUUUGUGACCCUUUUUUUUGGCUGUUGGCUACAGUGAAAGCUACUAUGGUGGUUUCGUAUGUGCAGUUCAAAUUAUAUCUAUACCUAUGAGAAGAA